CUUCAGAAUUAAAUAAUACAAAGUAUUUCUUUACAUCUUUAGUGUGAACUAGUAGUAGGGACUCCUUCUCAUAAUUUCAUUUCAGGUUCUAUAAUGAGUUAAAGCAAGAGAAAUCAGGAAGUGUGAGGUAUUUUGAUCAUUACAAUUCGUAAAAUUCUGAAGAGCUGACCAAUUUAGAUUAGUAAUUAAAAUAGUGGAUGGUUGACCUAAUUUUUCCUACAACAUGUCUAAAUCAGCUAAGAAAUUGAAGAAGCCAUUGGACCUACCUCUUGGAAAAGCCACUUCGCACAAGGAUGUUGACUUAUCACAUGUUAGAUUACCUAUUGAUACAAGUGUAUUUGGAUUGAAACACGUAUUAACAUUGUUUGAAACGGCAACAAAUGAAGUCAAGAGUUACCUAGCUUAUGAAUGCGACUUGAUGUAUGAAUGUAGAAUUUGCAGAACCAUUUUCAGGAGUAUAGCAAAUUUUAUAUUACAUAAAAGAAAAUUUUGCCGUGAUAAAUAUAACACUCCUCGUGAUCCAAGACAAAGUUGCCAAGAGACUGAUGGAGUUACUAUAAUACAGAGAGAUAUUGAAAAUGCAAAUCAAAUUAUAACAGAAACUGAAGUUCCUGGCAUAGAAAAGACUUCAGGAAGUUGCUUGAAUCCAAUAAUAGAAAAACUAUUAAGAAGGCAAGAGCAAAAAAAAUUUGUUGAUGAAAUCAAACACGACAAUUCAGUAAAUUUACCUAAAACUGAGGAAUUGAGAGUAGAAGACUUGAGAAGUAUUUCACUGGAGAGAAUAGAGACUUCGGAUGUAGCCAUGUUUCAGACUUUGGACUUCGGACCAAAAGUAGGAGAAACCGAGAUGAUGAAAUCUGAAGUUAUGGAAAUACAUAGUAUAUUUGAUCAAAAUGAGGCAGUUCUUGGUUCAAAUGGAGAGAUCUUAUCUUUGAACAAUAAAGAAAAAUAUAAUAAGCAGACACUCAAGAAUGAUUUUGUCUGUACAGAGUGCAAUACAAAAUUUUCUACUAAAAAAACCUUAGCCUAUCAUAUAAAGUGUAAACACAGUCACUGUAGAUUGGUUUAUCCAUGUCCAUUAUGUAAGGAUAAUCUUUCGAAUCCAUGGUCUGUCUACCGGCAUUUGUUGAAAGUUCAUAGGAUGACUUCAAACCAAGUAAGAAAAUACAGAAUUCAAGUUCAUAAUAGUGCAAUAUUCAAAAAACUACAAGAAAAUAAAGAUAGAAAAAGUAGAGAACCAAAGGGAGGGAAUGAUCAAGAAAAUGAGUGGUUGGAUAAUAUUGAAGGAGACAGUGAUUUGCAGAUGUGUGGUGGCUGCGGCAAACAUUUUGAAAGAAAAGCUGCUUUGAUCUCUCAUUCUGUCAUGUGUACAAAAAGGAUAGCUGUGUGUAAUUCUAUCAAGGAAAACAAUACAAAGAAGAAAGAAUUAGAUAUCAAAGCAAAUGAAGAGAGAUUAUGUAAAUCUCAACUAAAAGGUUCAGCAAAGAGGAAAUCUAGUAAUAUAAUCUUGUACAAGCCAAAGACUGAAAAUUCUUCAAAUGAAGAGGUUGAUCCAAAUUGCAAUAUACCUCUCAAAAUAAAAGAUGAACCUGAAAAUGAAGAAGAUGAUGACGUAAUACCAUCAUUUAUUAUAGAAGAUAAUGAUAGUGAUAUGGAAAAUAGUGCUGAAAGGAUAAGAAAAGAUAUACAGAUGUAUGAUAAGGACAAACUUAUGUCUAUCAUAGGUGUGGAUACAUCUGCUGAUAAAGAAACUACACCUUCUGAAAUAUAUGAUAAACAGUCGGAUAGGAGUGAUUCUCCUUGUAGAGGAUUUGAAACUCAAUCUUCUGAGUAUACAGAGCAUGUAAUUAUAAAAAAUCUAGAAAACUCCACAGGAUUAUGUGAUAAACAUUCUAAAGAUGUUCCUGAUAGUACUUCCGAUUCUGAAGUUGUUUCAAUUAAUUCAGAAAAUUCAGAUGAUAAAGCAACUAAAGAAAUAAAUAACGAUGUGGAUAACCAUUUGGACAUUAGAGUAGUGUCAAAAGUUCCAAAUAAUUUGGAAUGUAAAAUAACUUAUGCAGAUAUUUCCGAGCAAUCCUCGAACUCAUCUAAAUGUUCAAAAGAAAUGGAUAUUUCUUCAGAUAUAAGUUUGGAUAAUAAGAUAUCCAGUGAUUUUAAACUGGAUCUUGGUGAGGACCCUAAUUUUCAAGAUGUCAGUAUUAAAUCGCUUAUCAAAGAAAUAAUAGAAGAAGAUGUAAAAAAUUCAGAUAUGAAUGAUCCUCAACAAAAGGAAAGGGCAAAUAGAAGUUCUGAUGUUAAUAUCAUACCUAAUGGCCUUGUUGAUCAAAAAAUUCCCGAAAAAAAUUCGGUUGGAGAAAUACAUUUUAUUAAUGAAGAAAAAUUGAAUAAUAAUAAUAAUGCAGUAAUCACUGCAAUAGAAAGUUCAUGCUCUUCGAAGAUAAAAAAGAGAAAAAGGUCCUCUUCGCCAAUUCAAGGAGAAGUUAAAAAGAAAUUGAUACCAAACAUAAGCGAAGAAAGUGUUAAUGAAACUGAAAAAGAAAAUGAAACAUUUAUUUCAAAAAUUUCACCUUUUGUUGAUAGGAUAACUUUAACUUGUUCUUUAUGUGCAUGUAAAUUUAUGUCUUUAUCACAGUUAUUGUUGCAUAUGUCAAAUCAUUUUUCCUGGUAUCGGUUCCAAUGUGGUAAAUGCUCAUUUAUGUCAUUUAAUAAAUGUGACUGUGAAAAACAUGUUCUUACGGAACAUAAAAUGCCCUUGUUAUGUUCUCGAAGUGUAGUUCUACCAAUUCCUACUUGGAAAGCUUCAUUGAUUUCUGAUACCUUCAUGCAAUUGGAGUCACGUUCAAAUGAUGAAGAAAAUCAAACAUGCAUUCUGUUAGAUUCAAAUGUAGUAGAACAGUUCAAUACAUCGGUCAAUUUGGAAAUUGAAUCGGUUAACUUUGAAAUGAAACAAGUAGAUGUGAUUGAUAAUUCUAAUGAUUAUGAUGUAAAGGUUUUGCCAGAGAACCUCGUGAAAGUAGAAGUAAAUGAAGUUGAUGAUUUAAUUGAUUUAGAGCCUGAAUCGAUGAACUCCAAAACAGAUAAUGAUGAAGUAUGCACAUCAGUCAAUGUAGGGACUCAGUUGUUAAAUUUUGAAAAAACAAAGGCAGUAGUUAAUACAUCCAACGACUUGAUUAUAAAAUUAGAAAAUCAUACAACAGAAGAAAAAUCUAAUUUGAAUGAAAAAAAUAUCGUUGAUUAUGUAGAUCUAACAAUUGAAGAGAAUUCAGUUGAUAACAAUGAAAUUACUGAAAACUUAUCAAACGAAGAAACUGAAGUCAUCCAAGAUUUAUCGAAGCAAGCAAUAAUGGAAGUUAUAUUAGGAAAUGAACAUAAGAAAGAAAAAAAUUUGAACAAAAGUCUCCCAAGUCAGUCAUGCGAAUAUGUGAGGCCAUUAAGAAAUCGAACAAAAAGUAUUAAAACCUCACAGAAAGAUUUCAUUUAUGAUUUUGAUACCCCAAGGAGCACAUUUCAAAAAGGUUGUAACUCUAAGAGCAAUAUUGAACAAAUUAAAGAAUAUGAAGUACAAGAAUAAUUCAUGUUUUUGGAGUUUGUAAAUUUCUUAUUUAUUUUUUCAAAUUGAAGUUAUGUUUUCCGAUAAAUUGUUUGGUUAUUUUGUAAAAUAAUAUAUAUUUAUUAAUAGAUUUUAUAUAAUUUAUAUGUGCAUGUUAUUUGAAUCUCUAUAGUUCAAUUCAUUUGUGAAAUUGGAAAGAACGUCGGGCAUUACAAAUAAACUGGCGAUCAAGUCAAAACUAUUCAUUUAGAUAGCUUGUAAAAAAUGAGAGCUUUAUUUCAAAGAAUUUCUGUCCAUAAGAAAUAUUUGUGAAUGAGAAUCAUCUUGCAAAUAAUCACUUGCAUAAUUAUAUAUCUCUUUCUGAGUUUGGUAAAUUAAGAAUAUGUGAUUUUUAUUUCGAUAUUGUCAUUUUUUAGCGGCAAAAAAAAUAAAUGAAAAUUUUGUC